GAAGGGGGGCGGCGGGCCGGGGCCAUGGACGAGCUCAAGCACCAAGUGAUGAUCAACCAGUUCGUGCUGGCGGCCGGCUGCGCCGCCGACCAGGCCAAGCAGCUGCUGCAGGCGGCACACUGGCAGUUCGAGACUGCGCUCAGUGCUUUUUUCCAAGAAACAAACAUCCCCUACAGCCACCACCAUCAGAUGAUGUGCACUCCUGCCAACACACCAGCCACGCCGCCCAACUUCCCCGACGCCCUCACCAUGUUCUCCCGCCUCAAGGCCUCCGAGAGCUUCAACAGCAGCAGCCCUGUGGCCUCUAUGGCGACAUCCCCGCCACCCCCGGCCCCACCGCUGCCCCAGCACGGGGCCUUCAACCCUGCCUGGCCCACGGCCUCACCCCCCGGCCAGCAGCAGACCAUGUGGACUCCAACCCCCCCAGCGCAGCCCGCGGGCUGGCCCGCCACCGUCUCCCAGCAGGCCACGGCAGAACAGAAGGCCAACGUGACCAUGGAGGCAGAGAGAUGAGGCUGCGGUGGAGAGCGAUUGCAGCGGGGACCCCUACAUAUAAAUUUAUAUAUAUAUUUCUCCCCCCCCCCCUCCCCAAA